UUCUCUUUUCAUUGUUUGUAAUUGUUUACAGUCAAUAAAACUGAGAGAUUGUCUGAGAUACAAAAUUAUCUGUAAUACUGAUGCAAUUUAUAUUUUAAUGCGGAUCUCCCUUUUUUUUUUUUCUAUUCUUUUCUUUCUCUUUCUUCAAUAUGACCAAGUCAAAGAAGCGCCAUAAUCAAAAAAAGAUUCCAAGAAAUCAACCUCAAGAUUCACCCAACAACAAUGUCACUGGCACUUCUUUUCAACCUUUAAAUAUGUUUUUUGGUAACCGCUCUACAGGUUAUCAAGCCAUUCCUUCUGAAGAUGAAAGAUCACAUUAUUUUGUUCAUUCACCUUCUCAAACAGAUACAAAUGUCGCUAUUAACAUGGCACCACCCCCGAGUACACCAGACCCAUAUCCAUCUGAUGUUGAAACCUCCAGUAAUUCUCGUAUGAGUCCAGUUGAGGUCGAUGUUUGUUUCCCCACACCCAACAAAAAGGAAGAAACAGGGAUUGACUAUGAAGCCCUGGAAGAAUAUAUCACCAGCGAAAAAAAGGAAGCCUUUGAACAAAAACCUCGGCGAAGAAGACUUUCUACCAUGGGUGCAUCAGAUGGUAGAAGAUAUAGUAUGUAUGGGGAUCGCAUGCUGAGUACAAGAGAUGAAAGCGAUACAGAAUAUCGAGUGACGUAUUAUUCACCUUUAGAGACCUCUACGAUCCAUGCCCGUUCUAUUUGUGAAAUACCAGACAAUAAUGAAGACGAGACAUUAUCUGACAUGCUGAAAAAAGGCUGCUUUUGGAUUGAUAUCCUUAACCCUACAGAUAACGAGAUGAAGGCAUUAUGCAAAGUAUUCCAUAUCCACCCACUGACUGUAGAAGACAUUAGUAUGGAAGAGCAACGAGAGAAAUGUGAAGUAUUUAUGAACUAUUACUUUUUGUGUUUCAGAAGUUUUGAUCAAGACGAGUUCUCUCCUAAUUAUCUACAACCUUCUGCUGUUUAUAUUAUUGUGCUGAAAGAAGGUGUUAUUACGUUUCAUUUCAAAUCCAUACCUCAUCCUCAUAAUGUAAGAAAGAGAAUCAAGCAAUUAAAAGACUAUAUCAAUGUGACACCAGAUUGGAUUUGUUAUGGUAUAUUGGAUGAUAUCACAGACUCAUUUGCUCCUUUGAUUCGUGCUAUUGAAUUUGAAGUGGAUUCGAUUGAUGAACUUGUCUUGAUCUUGAAAGAAUCAGAACAGUCUGAUAUGCUGCGGCGUAUUGGUUACUGUAGAAAACGUAUGAUGGGAUUAUUGCGUCUGUUGUCUUCCAAGACAGACGUCGUAAAGACACUUGUCAAAAGAGGUGAAGUAGCUCCUGAAGAUGGUACUCGACCUGCACUUAGUAAAGAAGUAGCCUUGUAUCUCGGUGAUGUUCAAGGUAAAUCAGAAGAGUGGAAUCUAUGGAUAUUAAUGAUGAUGGUUAGACCAUAUUAUUUCUAUGCUGUUGUCCCUUAAUCACUAUGAAAAGAUUUCAUCCAGAUCUCAUUCCAAUUAUUUGGCUCAAAUCUCUAUUGAAAUGACUCAAACAAACAAUGAAAUUAAUGAUAUCCUGUCUAAAUUAACUGCUUUGGGUAGUAUUCUUGUGCCCAUGAAUUUAGUGACAGGUCUGUUUGGUAUGAACGUACAAGUCCCAGGCCAAUUUCAGGUAUAGAAAAAAAAAUUAGGGACUGUAUCUCAUUCUAUCAUAGGAAGAUUUGACUUGGUUUGUGGGUAUUAUGGCUUCUAUUCUUGUGUUUUGCAUCAUCUCUACUAUCCUUAUGAGAUAUUACAAUAUUGUAUAAUAUAUAUAUAGACUUGUUUUAAUAAACUUGGU